CAGAGCGCGGUCGCUGCCUCUGCUCUGCCAGAACAAACACCGUCGAAGAAGCGGAGCAUGGAGCACUUUCCCACCGUGGAAAUGGCGCUUUGAGGCGGCGAAGCCUGAAGUCAGAGGCUGCAUCUUGUGCUUGUCAGUCAGCUGAAGCGCGCAAGGGGGCUCUACGCAUGAGUUGUACGUUGAAAAGGAGCAGAGUAUGACCGAGGAGAGAAGAAAUCGGGAGAUUCGUCAAGGAAACCAACACAUUCGUGGCUCUGAUAAAGCCGUCAACAUCGGACAGUGAACAAUGCAUGACCUGACUGCCCAAGUCACCAGCAGCCUGCUGCCUUUCCCAGGAGUGACUAUAGAUGCUCUGGGCGAGGAUGAGAUCACUCUGGACUCUGUGCUACAUGGGAAGUUCACUGUUGGCCGCUGUGGGCUGGCCUGGUUGGCCUGUGGCCCCCAUCUGGAGGUUGUCCAUGCAGUGACGGGAGAACGGCUGUCUGCAUACUGCUUCAGUGGUGGAGGCGAGCACCCGCCCAGCGUGCUAGCCGCCAGGGACUUCAGCUGGCUGAAACGGUCUGGAUUGUUGGUUGGCUUAGAGGAAGCAGAAGGCAGCGUGCUGUGUCUUUAUGACUUGGGACUCUCACGAGUGGUCAAAGCUGUGGUUAUACCUGGCAGGAUUACAGCUAUCGAGCCGCUAGUGAGUUAUGGUGGAGCGAGCACUUCCACCCAGCACCUUCACCAGAGUCUGCGCUGGUUCUUUGGCAUUGCUGCCGUAGUAACGGAUCUCGGCCAUGUUCUGCUUGUUGACCUCUGUCUCGAUGACCUGUCCUGUAGCCAAAGUGAACUGGAGGCUUCAGACCUGCAGGUAGUCACCAAAUCUCCUGCAGAGAUUCCCAGGCUUAGAGAAGUCAGCACCCGACAGGGCAGACAUCUUUGUCUCCAGCUGAAUGGGCCCAGCGGAGUUGGAGCCACAGCUCUGCAGUACAUCUCCAGGACAAACCAGUUGGCAGUGGGAUUUUCUGAUGGAUACUUGCAGCUGUGGAACAUGAAAGCUCUGAAGAAGGAAUACCACUCUCAGUUAGAAGGUGGCAGGGUGCCCGUGCAUGCCUUCACCUUCCAGGAGCCAGAAAAUGACCCAAGGAACUGUUGCUACCUCUGGGCUGUCCAGUCUGCUCAGGACCUCGAGGGAGAUAUGGUCAGCCUCCGCUUGCUUCAGUUGGCCUUCAGUGAAAGGAAGUGUCUUGCUUCUGGGAAGAUCCUCUAUGAGGGUCUGGAGUACUGUGAGGAACGUUACAGUCAGGAGUUAAGUGGCACAGCUUUCCCUCUCAGGGCCCAGACCACCAACACCCGCCUGCUGAGUUGCCAGACCAUCGAGAAGUUCAGAGCACAUCCCGAUAGGGAUGACAGCAUGAACGACGUUGCAUCUCCAGACACCAGUGUUUCUAUCUUCAGCUGGCAAGUGAAGGCCUACGGUCAGGGAACUCCAUCUACCUACAUCGGAGUUUUUGACAUUAACCGUUGGUACCACGCACAAAUGCCAGACUCCUUAAGAACGGGUGAAUCUCUGCAAAAUUGCCCCUACCUGGCGGUUUGGUCUCUGGACACAGUGGUGCAGAUGGUGUCUUCACACGUCCUCCUGGAUGCGGUAGUGCACGAUCGGAGCCUGAGCAGAGGCCUUCCCUUCACCUGCCCCCCACCAGAACAGUACUUCAACCCCACCACGUACAACUUUGAUGCUACCUGUUUGCUCAACUCUGGAAUUGUGCACUUAACCUGCUCUGGGUAUCAGAAAGAGACCCUGAGCUUUUUGAAGAAAGCUGCUCCUUGUUCCAGUGACAUCAUCUCCACCAGCUACUCCCGCUGCCUCAUGUCCGGCCUACUCUCAUCCCGCCUGGCUGACACCCAGGCAUCCAGCCUCUCUCAGGAGGAGCAGCUGGACGCGAUCCUGUCCACAGCGGUGGAGACGAGCUCCUUGGGGAUGAUCACAGGCUGUAUCAAGCAGUGGACUGCAGAAGAACAACCAGGUUCUGCACUCAAUCUGCGCUACAUCCUGGACUGGGCCUGGAACAAAGUAGUCCAGACCAAAGAGGAACUGGAUGGCAUUUGUGCACCGCUGUUCGACAGCUCAUCCAACUUCACAGACCCUCAGACAAUGCAGCUGCUGCAGCACAGCCAGCGGCUGCUCGGUAACCUCAGCACCAUCUUCCACUGCCUGCUCAGUGAAGCUCAGGAGCUCACACAAAAAGGCCUGCUCGGUCUGAUGAACAAGAACAUGGUGUCCAGUCUGAUUUCCAAGUAUGCUCAGGUGGUGCUCUGGUUCUGUCGUACCGGUCUACUGCCUGAAGGAUCAGAUGAUGACGCUCUCCAGAUCUCCAGGCCUUUCUACUCUCACUCAGUCAUCAGCAAUUAUUAUACUAUCCGCAGAGAGGAGCUCACCAGGCUGGCUAAGGGCAAAUGGUGUGCAGACUGCUUGAUGAUUGACGGUUUGGUCAGCCAGUGUGGUGAACGCGUGACCAACCUGUGGAAAAGGGACGACGGUGGGACUGGCCAAUACCCACCACCUACGCUGCAUGCCUUGUUGGACAUCUAUCUGCUGGACAACAUUGACGAAGCUGCCAAACAUGCAAUUGUGAUUUACCUGUUGCUAGAUGUCAUGUACUCCUUCCCCAAUAAGGAGGGAGCAUCAGUGGAGUCUUUCCCCACUGCUUUUGCCAUCCCUAUUGGACUGGUGAAACUAGUACAAGGCCUCUGGCUGCUGGACCAUCAUGACCACCAGAGUUCAUUUGAGCUGCUCCUGCAUCCAGCUGCCUCUCACUGUCAGUUUGAGUGGCAGCAUGAGCGGGUCCUGCAAGCACUGAUGUGCCAGGGCCAACAGUCAGUGGCACUACGAUACUUCCAUGUUACAAAGCCACCGAUUUCCUCCACAUCCCAGGCCAAGCUCUACCUGUCUGUACUGCUGCACAACAGGUGUCUCAUAGAGGCAUGGUCUUUACUCCGGCAGCACUCUAGUCGCCUCAACAUGGGUGAGCUCAUGGGCUUCCUGUAUGAGAGCUGCCAGGAGCUGGGCCUCAUCAAGGAGCUGCUGAAACUACCCCUGGGCCUCAAUGAACAGGAAUGUUUGGAGAAGUUUCUCCAGGGUACAGGCGGUCUCCAGAACAGAGAACUGCUGAUGGUUCAUUACCUCCAGCAGGCUAACUACAUUCCUGCCCUCCAGCUCAACCACAGCCUCAAAAUGAACCUGGUGAAUGAACGAGAUCCAAAGCUUAAAGAACGAUCUAACACCAGAAACUCUAUAUUGGAUCAGUAUGGCAAAGUUUUGCCCCGGGUCCAGAGGAAAUUGGCGAUGGAGAGAGCCAAACCCUACCAACAUCCAUACGUCAUCCACAGAGAAGUUUCUCGGCCGCAGCCACUGUCGACCAUCACCAAGCGUUCUGCCAAUGAGAAGGUGAUAUCGAGGGCCGGCUUCAUCAACAAUGUCCUGACCAAGAUUGAGGAGGUGUGGUUAGGCAAAGGAUCUACCCCGCAGUCCUCCCCAACCAAGAGCCCCAGGACAACUCAUGUUCAGAGCCCCAAGUCCUCCUCGUUGGCACUCUCCGAGCCAUUCCUGGGAACUCCCAUCACUAUGACCUCCAAACGAAAGUCGAGGCUGAUGGACUUGGUGGUUCAUCCCUCCUGUCAGACCCCUCGCCCUCUUCUCAGCCCUCCGAGACCUCCCAGCUCCUGGGUUUCUCCAAAGAGCACCAGCAAGGCCCCUGAACUCAGUCUGCUGCAAACACCACAGGUUGUCAAGCGAGCUCGGGCCUUGGCAGCCUCUGGCCCUGUGUUCUCAGCAUUCACCCCCCAGUCCAUCCUUCGCAGCAGCCUGAGGCCCACACCUGUUGCCACACCUUCUGCUUCUCCAGGACGAUCCAUCACUCCUCCUCUCCGCAGCAAAGAGAGCCGGAUCACCUUCAUCGAAGAGGAAGAAUCUCCUGAACCAGAGAAAGGCAUCCGUUGGACCAAUGGGAUGGCAGCGGACAGUGAGAUUAGCUUGCUGACCAGAGGCUCCACACUAUCCAAGGCCACACGUAAGACCUGGUCCUCACAGCCUGCAGAGGAGGAGGAGGAGGAGGAAGAGGAGGAGGAAGAUGGAGACAAGGAAGUGGAACAGCCUAGUGUAAAGUUCUUGCCUCCAGAAGGUGGCAUUCCCUCACCACUCCUGAGGUCCUUUGAGAGCGAACCAUCCUCCAUCCAUGAAGUCGCAGAGGAAACAAAACCAUCAGAUACAACGCAAGCACGGCUUAGCCUGAGCUUCAAUACCAGCCAGAUGUCUAUCCGUUCGACAGACACCACACUGGAGUACUAUGAUGCACCUCUCUCAGAAGAGCAGGCAGGAGAGGAGGGGCAUACAGCUGAGGAGGCAGUGACAAUAAAGAUCAAAGACUUGGCUGAAAAAGAAGAACCAGAGGAAAAGCCCUCACCCAACACUGAGCAAACUGCUCUCCUGACAUCAGAGGACCCAGAGCUGGAAGAAGAAAUAUUUGAGGAUGUGAUGGAGGUUGGUCUUGAACAGGAGGCUAAAAACGAGGAAGAAGUUCAGGCUGAAAAGGAGGAAGAACAUCCAGAUGUUGAGACAAGAAGUGAACAAGAGGAUGUUGCAAUUCUUGACCAAGAGGAGACAUCUACUCAAAAUCAAGUUUGUAACCAGGUAACUGAGAGCACGGACUCUGGCACUGAAGUCGAAUCUCAGGACCAACCAGCAACAGCCACGGUGCAGGACGACCAGUCAGAGGCCACUGAAUCCACAGAGUUCACUGAGCAUCUGAAACCGUCUGAAGACACUGAACCUACUUAUAAACCAGAAGAAGAGCCAGAGCAAACUACAGAUCUGACUGAGUUUGUGCAGAGACAUCUGUUUGGCAGUGAUCUGUCUCCUCCGCUCACUCGCUCAGGAAUCCAUGACGUAUCACAGACCCUGACAUCCUUCAACAGUGAGUCACUCGUUGAGGUUGAAGAGGAGGAGCCAGCAGCUGCUGAAGCUCCCCCAGUGUUCACCAGCCAAAAAUCUAUUGUCUCUGUGACUUCGUCGGAGCCAACUGGCACAGACUCUCACUCUGUUGUGAGUUUAAACGACAGUGAAGAGCUUUCUAGCCCUGUGUCAGAGGAAGAUGAAGAUGAGGAGGAGGAUGAGGAAGAGGAUGAAGAGGAGGAGGAGGAGGAGGAGGAGGAGUCUGAUCAAGCUGAAAAUAAUGAAGAGGAGGAUGAGGAGGAGGACUCUGGUAGUGAGGUGGAGAUCAUUGAGGAGGUCCAGGGUAAUGGGAGGCUGCCACCCCUCCAACCCAGUUCAGUCUUUGUACAACAGGGGCACACACACUUCCUGCCAUCCUGCCUGUCAGUGCAGGAGGCAGCAGAGUUCUCUCUGAUCACACCCAGUGCGGAGAUGAAGAUUGUCGAGGAGGAGAUGGAGGGUGAAGUGGUGAUGGUGAGACUCGGGGCAGACGAAGGAGGAAUGGAGGCAGAUGAAGUUGAAGACCAAGGAUCGUCAUACAUGGAGCUCAAGCCCUCUACCACUCUCCUCGUACCCCUGGAGCUCAUGGAGGGUCAGGACGGCCUCGUGGACACUUCUCAGCUCGGUCUUCCUGAGCUUCCACAAAGUGUUAUACCAGAUGACCCGAGGUCUGAAGCUCACAGCGGCUUCUCUCUGAUGCUGGAUAUGGACGAGGACCUGGAUAAAGACGCAGACACACUACCUAUGGAGAAGGAUCUGCAAUUCUCCGACCCUCCCACCCUGUCUCCAGCAGUGGAGGCUAGUGAUGAACCUGUGGCCAAACCUGAGGUUAUAAUUCUAGGCACAGAUGAUCAGGAUCCUCUCCUGUCUGAAGAAGCCUCUGAAGAGGACCAGAAGAAAGAGACGGAUGCCUUGGACGGAGUUGAGACAGAUGUACCAACAGAGCCAGAAUUUGUAAAACUCUCUGAUCAAGCUGACCUUGAAACUGGAAACGCUGAAAACCACGAGCCAGAGGAUGCUAAAGAACAGAUGGAUGCAGAGGUUGUAAUGUUGGCUGAAGAUCAGCAACCUGCAGAUCUUUCUGUCUCUGUGCCUACUCCAGUAGAUGAGAUCCCAGAAGUUGUGGAUGACAAAGACUCUAAGGCAGAGAAAGAUGCUGCUAAGGAGGACGAGGGACAGGAGGAGCAAAAGGAGGACGAGGCACAGGAGGAGGAAGAGGAGGGUGUGGGACAUGAGGAGGGCAUGGGACAGGAGCAGGAGGGAGUGGUACCUGAGGUGGGCAUGGGACAGGAGGAGGAAGGUGUGGCACAGGAGGAGGAAGAGGAGGGCGUGGGACAGGAGGAGGAAGAGGAGGGCGUGGGACAGGAGGAGAGGGAGGAGGGCGUGGGACAGAAGAAGGAGGAGGGAGUGGUACCGGAGGAGGGCAUGGAACAGGAGGAGGAGGGAGUGGUACCGGAGGUGGGCAUGGGACAGGAGGAGGAGGGAGUGGUACCGGAGGAGGGCAUGGGACAGGAAGAAGACAAACCAACACCUGCCGAGUAUCAGGAAGAGCCGGAAGAAAAUGGACCAGUAGAUAUGAACACAGAGACAGCGACAGCUGUGGAGGAGAAGCAGCAGGACUACAAAGCCUCAACCGAAGCAGACGAGAACAGCGAAGAAAUUAAAACUGAGAAAGAAACAAAAACAAGAGCUAGGAGAAAACAUAAAGAUGUUGAAGAAGAGAAACCUGUGUCAAAUAACCAGCCUGAGGAACAGCCUGUGCCAGAGAUCCCCACUUCUCAGAGGAAAAAGAGAGCUCCUUCCACCCCAACACGGAGGACGACGAGAGGGAAGACAGUUUCCUUUGUCUCUCCUGUCACAGAGGAAGCAGAGGAGCCAGAAAAGGAUGGACAAGUGGAGGAGGCAGAAACAAGCACGCUGGUCCCUGCCUCGCCUAGUCGUACACCUAGAAAAAGUAAACGGAACAAUGAAAAAGUCAGAGCUAGCCCACCUCGAAGAAGUACUCGCAAAACUCAUGUGGAGUCUCCUAAAGCAGAGGUUGAGGAGGAGAAGGAGGCCAUGGAUAGUGAUACCACUGUUGCAUCAACCUCCAAGGCCGCUUCUCCAUCCAGACGACGCGGUUCCCAGAGGGCCACUUCAGCCAAGACCAGCCAAAGUGUUAGUGAGGAAGUGUCCACAGCCACAGAGGAACAAGAGGAUGAGGUCACAGAGACAAAGCCUUCUCGACGAACAAGCUCCAGGACCCCCACACCGGCCAAACGCAGGAUCACUCAGGGAAACACUCCAAGGAGGUCUAGCAGGAAGACCAUACCAUUAGAGAUCUUAAAAGAAGAGACGGAACAUGAGGAGGUGUUUGCAUCCCCUGUCAAACGUAACUCCAGGAGAACUAAGACCGAACCAUCCGAGACGCAGACAGUCCUGCUGGAAGAGGAAGAGGGCAAAAAGCAGCAAGUCCCCAGCCCCGGCAGAACAACUCGACAGUCCAACCGGAUUACCUUAAAUGUUUAUCCACAAGUAAAACUGGUUCCUGUAUCAAUUCCUCAGAGCGCAAAGAAGACGAGAGGGAAGACAAUUACUGAAAAUAUAGAAGAAAGUGAAACCCUGCUUGAGCCUGAACUGAACAGCAACACGGGUCACACCAACUCCCUUCGGACUAGAAGCAAACUUUGGGAUCACCCAGAGGAAGAUCUUCCCUUACUUGACUCACCACUGGAGGUGGAUUCUGAAACCCCGGUCGCAGAUGCCCUCAUCAAGCGACUUCAGGAUGAAGAAGAGAAGCAGGAAGGUGGAGUAGUCGUCACAAAGAUGGUAAGAACCAGCAAGAAGAGAACAAAGUCGUCGGUGGAGGAGGUUCACGCAUUACUCGUCCCAGUACCUGAAGAGGACGACUCUAGUCCAGGCGAGCAUUCAUUCAUCUACUCCCCCUCACGACGAAGAACAAGAGCUAAUAGAGCAGAGUCUCCCGGGCCGAGUGACGAGUCUGCAGCUCCUGUCACUCGCAGCAGGCGAAAAGUCGUCAAAGAAACAUCUGUCACUCCACAUGAUGAAAUCACUUCAGAAGAAGAUCAUGUGGAAGUGGAGAAAGCAGCAGGUGCUUCAAAGACCAGAAGAACAGGCAAACGAACAGCAAAAUCCAAAACGGUUUCUGAGCCGGCUCCUGUAGCCGAGGUGGACCUGAUCUCGCCACUGCCUAGCCCAGCUGAUCCGGUCCCACGAGCACUCAAAAGGAUUAAAGAGGGAGAAGCCCCGGCCAUGAGCGUGAACCUUCGACGCAAACGCAUAAUGGACACCGUUUUCUCAAAACCUGUCACACGGAGGAAGAAACUCUAAGGAAGGUUUGUGGUGGUUUUAACCACUGACCCUCCGACAGCCACCAGAAGAAAUGAACCAACUCGGUUGGAAGCUGUCAAAUAAAAGUGUGUGUCUAAAUUCACGAUGGAUCUAUUUCCUCAAACGCCUCACAGUGCUGCGGUUUGUACGUCAACUUCUCUGUAGGACAAUAAAAUAAAAGCAAUGUAGGCAUGAAAAUUUAUUUUUGGGACAAAACACACUGGUGAAUAGCAGUGUGACAGAGGACUAUAUUUUUAGAGUUUACAUGUCCCACUCACUCGUACUAACUCAACUUCACUUGAUAUUGUGUCUGUGGCCAUUUUGUGUUGAACGUUUUGAGACUCUCCUCGUAAUCAGCUUAAGUGUCUGGCCACAGAAUAGUACAAGGGAAAGCAAUCUAUGUGGGCUUUAAAAGCUCCCAUUAAUAAAACCAGAGACUGAACUGAACCUGCCUCUGAUGAAGAGGUUUUAUUUACAUUCUCUUUUAAGUAUUUUUUGUUGUUGUUGUCGUUUACUUUUAAGAUUUCGAGGCCUGCUGUUUUUUCUAUUUAAGAAGAAAAGCAACCAACCCAGUGGAGAUAAAACAUUUCUACUGAUUCAUUUGUAUAUAGUCUUUUUGCUAUGUUCCAAAUAAAGUUAAUAAAUAAAUCCUAAAGAAUUAUGUUCAUUUUGAAGUUUUAAGUGUGUCUGGAAUGCAAUUGAUCAUCUAAUCAGACUGCCUAUGCCAUAGUCUUAAAAUUCUGUUGAUUUGGGGGUUUUCUGUGACAGAGGCACAGACGUGGACACUAUUGCCAUCAUAUUGGAACAGUUUUUGUAUGUCAUGGGGAUGUUGUAUUGUGUGAAAGAAACAAAAGGUCUUGCACAGUGGUCUGGAGUUUGUUUUGGGAAAUGUUAAUAGGCUUGUUUAAUUAAAUUUAUGGCAACUACCAUCUGAUAUAGGCUAUUUUCUGAAGAAUGUAUGUAGAAUGUCUUAUUUUUGAUGACUGCUCUUUGAUAAAUAUGGUAAAGCUUGAAUACUUCUCUA